UCGUGGGUGACCGAGCGCAGCCCUGGGUCGCCCCUCGGUGGGCACCUCCGGCCAGCUCUCCCAGUUUGGAGAGGCCGGGGCACCCGGGGAAACCGGCAUCAGUCUCAUGCCCUUUUGGAGCCGGCGUCACAAGCCAGGCCUUCGUCCCCGGGAGGAGAGGGGGAGGGUACGUCAGAAUUUCUGGGUGUCGUUGAAAGAGUGCUAAGCAGCUGUUGGGCGGAGCCACGCAGUGACGCGGAGCUAAGCGGCGCGGGGAGAGACUCCCUCCUAGGCCAGCUGCUCCUGCUGGAGCAUCACAGGCUCUAGUCCCCAACCCUCGCACCCACCCCCCAACUGAGCUGUGUUAGGCGGGACAGACGCCACGGGGCCAGAUUGCUAGGGACAGUGAGAGAACUGUGACCCGGGUGGUAAAAGUGGGUGCAGGGCAUUUUUCUCAGAAUCGCCCUUCUCUUCAAAGUUUCCUCUUUAUAGAGCAAAAUAUAAAGAGAACAAAGAUCAGAAAAUGAGGUUAGCAGCCUUUGAUAAUAAUCGCCGCAACCGUAAAACCCGAUACCCACCGAAAAGUAUGCGGGUACUUACCGGAAGUUACCAUCAAGGCAAGCCCGAGGGUGGUGCAGCCAGGCUCAGAGUUUCAUUGCUUUCAAAACCCCCAGGAUCGAACCUUCCUCCUCCGCCUUAGAUUCUUCUUGCCUGUUAUCAAAAUGGGAGGAUUCCAAUACUGGGCUGAGGUUGCGACCUGGCUGCAUUUGCAGGCCCAAGGAUGCUGUGCUGUUGUCUGCUGACCUGGUCAGAGUCUAGCUCCUCGGAAGCCCUGCUGUGUGCUUUGCCAAGGCUGAACUCACAGAUGUGACCUUUGCCGCCGCUUUCCCCUGGAAGAUGAAGUGCGUGUUGGUGGCCACCGAGGGCGCAGAGGUCCUCUUCUACUGGACAGAUGAGGAGUUUGCGGAGAGCCUCCGGCUGAAGCUCCGGCAGUCAGAGGAUGAGGAAGAGGAGCUCCCUGUGCUGGAGGAUCAGCUCAGCACCCUCCUGGCCCCAGUCAUCAUCUCCUCCAUGACGAUGCUGGAGAAGCUCUCAGACACGUACACCUGCUUCUCAACAGAAAACAACAACCACCUGUAUGUCCUGCAUCUGUUUGGAGAAUGCCUAUUCAUCGCCAUCAACGGAGACCACAGUGAGAGCGAGGGGGACCUGCGGAGGAAACUGUGUGUGCUCAAGUAUCUAUUCGAGGUGCACUUCGGGCUGGUGACUGUGGACGGCCAGCUCAUCCGGAAGGAGCUUCGUCCACCCGACCUGGAAGAGCGUGCCCGGGUGUGGAAGCACUUUCAGAGACUGCUGGGGACCUACAGCUACCUGCGGGACCGGGAGCAGAGCUUUGCUGUGGAGGCAGUGGAGCGGCUCAUUCACCCCCAGCUCUGCGAACAGAGCAUCGAGACGCUAGAGCGACACGUGGUUCAAGCCAUCAACGCCAGCCCCGAGCGGGGCGGUGAAGAGGUCCUGCACGCCUUCCUGCUGGUGCACUGCAAGCUGUUGGCUUUCUACUCCAGCCAUGGUGCGAGCACCCUGCGCCCCGCAGACCUCCUGGCGCUCAUCCUUCUGGUGCAGGACCUCCAGCCCUCCCCAGGAACCACAGAGGAGGAGGAGGAGGAGGAGGAUAGCAACAGCCCUCAGAGGAGACCCAAGAGCAGCCAAAACAUCCCAGUGCAGCAGGCAAGGAGCCAGAGCACCUCAGUCCCCACCAGGAGUUCCAGGGAGACAGACACAGACAGCAUCUCCCUCCCUGAAGAGUACUUCACUCCUGCUCCUUCCCCAGGCGAUCAGAGUUCAGGUAGCCUCGUCUGGCUGGAUGGUGGCACCCCGCCCAGCGAUGCUCUUCAGAUGGCUGAGGACACCCCCGAGGGGCUGGCGCCUCACUCCCCAGAUCUUCCCAGCCCCAGAAGGAUCUUCCUGGAUGCCAACAUCAAAGAAAACUACUGUCCCUUAGUGCCCCACACCAUGUACUGCCUGCCCCUGUGGCCAGGCAUCAACAUGGUGCUGCUGACCAAGAGCCCCAGCACCCCACUGGCCCUGAUCCUGUACCAACUGCUGGAUGGCUUCUCCCUACUGGAGAAAAAGUUGAAGGAAGGUCAGGAGGCCGGAAGUGCCCUGCGAUCCCAGCCCUUUGUUGCAGACCUGCGCCAGAAGAUGGACAAGUUUAUCAAGAAUCGAGUUGGGCAGGAGAUUCAGAACACCUGGCUGGAGUUUAAGAGCAAAGCCUUCUCUAGAAGUGAGCCAGGAUCGUCCUGGGAGCUGCUCCAGGUCUGUGGAAAGCUGAAGCGACAGCUAUGUGUCAUCUACCGGCUUAGCUUCCUGGUCACUGCACCCAGCAGAGGAGGACCACACCUGCCCCAGCACCUGCAGGACCGAGCCCAGAAACUCAUGAAGGAGCGGCUUCUGGACUGGAAGGACUUUCUGUUGGUGAAGAGCCGGAGAAAUGUCACCAUGGUGUCCUACCUGGAGGAUUUCCCAGGCCUGGUCCACUUCAUCUAUGUGGACCGUACAACCGGGCAGAUGGUGGCCCCCUCUCUCAGCCCCAACGAAAAGAUGUCUUCCGAGUUGGGCAAGGGGCCCCUGGCUGCCUUCGUCAAAGCCAAGGUCUGGGCUCUGGUCCGACUGGCGCGCAGGUACCUGCAGAAGGGCUGCACCACACUGCUGUUCCAGGAAGGGGACUUCCGCUGCUCCUACUUCCUGUGGUUCGAGAAUGACAUGGGAUACAAACUGCAGAUGAUUGAGGUACCUGUCCUCUCGGAUGACUCUGUCCCCAUUGGUGUGCUGGGAGGUGACUACUACAGGAAACUUCUGCGCUACUACAGCAAGAGCCACCCCUCGGAGCCCGUCAGGUGCUAUGAGCUGCUCACGCUGCAUCUGUCCGUCAUCCCCACGGACCUGCUGGUGCAGCAGGCCAGCCAGCUGGCUCGGCGCCUGGGGGAGGCCUCCCGGGUAACCCUGCCCUAGGCUGUCCUGCUUGCAGGCUUCUUCCAGUACCUUCUCUCAUACUCCACUGUGGACUCCUCCACACGGGCUGCGGAGCAAGCCUUCUCUGAAGGACGGGGAUGCCAUGAUUCUGUGCCCGCCCCCCAGAACUGUGUGGUCAGAGAUGGCAGCAGCUGCUCUGGGCAACUGCCCUUCUGGGUGCCCGGGAGAGCAGAAGGGCGUCUUAGUGCUCAGGCUGUCUGAAGCCACCCCUUUCCUGCCGUUCUGCAUAGGGUAGCUGCUCCCUAUCCCAAUCGGAAGGUGCUCCCUCUGGCUGGCGCCAUUCCAGCUUGGCUCCUGCCCCCUUGCAACUGAGUGGAUCCUGUUUCCUCACAUUUGAACUGACAGCACCUACCUCCCAGGGUGGUCAGGAGGAUUGCUGGACGUGCUCGGGUGCUCAAUAAAUGUUGAUUCUUGUCAUUA